GUUGGAGUAAGAAGGUAGUCUGAGCCUAGCUUUUGCAGGAAGUGAGGGUGAGAGCAAUGACCAGGAAACCACCUUUCACCUGAAGCUGGCGUGAAGACACACCAUUAAGAUGGAAUGAGAGAGGGACACCGCAGUACACAGAGGGAGUGGAUUGCUGAGCGCAUGCCGAGGAGGAGAGGGAGAACAGGGGAAGGAUUAGACUCAAGGGUUCAGUAUGUUGAUGAAGGGCAAUGUGCCACUGGGAGCUCGAUUUCUCUACCGUUUCCUGCUUCCUGUGGCCAUUUUCUCUUUCUUGCUGUUUCUUGGAUCGGUCCGUCUCCCAGACGGGACGGUGCAGCAAUGUGAAGCUUCCUGGCUUCCCUGUCUAGGACUUUAUGCUCCAGAAUUCAAGCCUGUACCUUCUACCUUGCCCAGUGACACGGACGGUAACCACGGAGAUGGUCUCUUGCUGAGUGAGUGCCCAGGUCAGAACUUCCAGGUUUCACGCCUGCUGUCCGACCUACAUUCUGCUCUGGGCCCUGGUUCAGAAGUGCUGCUACAGCCAUACUUGUCCAGCUGGGAUGAACUCAUCAAGUUCAUGGAGUCAUUGGGUGCUGUGGUGGAGUUCUUUUCCCAAAAGGUCAGGGACAAAGUCUCAGUCAUCCGCAGGCUCGCUCAGGAGGAGUUAGAGAGACAGGAGGAGGGCCCUCAGCGCAUGGGGACGGGAAGGAAUAAACACAAGGACCCUGGAUCCCUGGGUAACACAGGACCAGAGGCCGAAAACCAGCUGCAGCACCUGGGGGCAGAUGGAGAGAAUGAGCGGGGGUCCUACAAAUCUGUACGCUCCAUGAUACGCACGGAGCUGAGCCGAGGUAUGGUCGACUUCGAGAGGGAGACGGCCUCUGGCUGUCGCAACCUGCUCAGGCUCAACCGCUCACUGCUGUGGCUCCAGCUGUUCCUGAAGAACAUGGCGGACGGGCCGGAUGCAGACGGUCGGCUGCGGAGCCCGGGGGAGCUGUGCCGGGAGGCCUACCAACAGGCCCUGGCUCCCUACCACCCCUGGCUGAUUCGCCGGGCUGCUGAGAUCGUCAUUUUGGCCAUGCCAGAGUGGGACACAUUCUUCAGGCUGGUAUGCGUGCACAGCCAGGCGGAGGCAGCCCCUGUGCUGGACAGAGUCGUUAGGGCCAUUGAGGAGGUGUACAGCAGGACCCAGGGUGCACUGCAGGAGCAUGGUAUGUUGGAGCUGCCGUAGGGUUAGGAGAGGGGCAGUUCAAGAAGCCUCAGAGCAGCAAUAUGUGUGGCAAAAAGCUCAGACACACAACUCAAACCACAAUUCUCAAAACUCACUGAGCAUUAUUCAUUACUCAACUCACUGUAAUACCAUGCGCAGAUUUGAGCCCUGAAAAUGCACUGCAAUGCAGUAAAUUACAGUGCACUCUUCUACACUGAAUUGCAAAGCACCUCUGCACACCACACUUAUGAUAUACUACACUGUGACUACUGGCCUGUUUUGAAGGUCCAAUCUAGUUGUGGUGGAAAACUACAGGGGCAAAAAAGGGCAAUUGCUUCAAACAAACAUGCUGAUUCCUGGAAUUAUGUGUUUGACUGUACACAGAGGAAGUAAAUAAUCUCCACAGGCCUGGAAUUGGGCCAUUAGCUCUGUCUGUGGGCCUAAGCUUCCUGUCACACCUUACCAACAGUGUUACAUCACAGCACACAGCCAUACAGAGCGCAGGUUUGCAGAAAUGCUCUACCUAAAGUAAACACACAACACAUCAUCAAGGUACAGCACUUUACCCUUUGCCAAAUAAUGAUAAAUAAGUACAGUGAGAAAGAGUAUGCCACAUCACUGUAUAUUGAAUUCUCUAACAUGGCUGCUUUGUCAGUCAGAAAUUAAUAUCUUUGUGCACUAUAUUACAGGUUCAAUCUUUUAAAAAAAUUAAAGGGGGAUUUCUCAUAUCCAUUUCAUACAGAACGUGUAAAAUGAUCAUUUGACCUGGACAGGAAAGUGAACAGUGAUGACAUAAUGACAUGUUUUUAUUAUAUAUUUAUAGAUUGUAUUUAACUUGUCUUAAAAUUUCUUAAAAUUCACGUCAGGCCAACAUUGGACCAUUUGCUUAUUUUAUACAUAUUGUGUGUGUACAUGUGUGCAUGUAUGUGUGCAUGUGUGUAUAUGUGUGCGCAUGCAUGCGUGUGAGGACAGAGGACAUAGCGAUGCUGCCAUCAAAAUGGAUGCAAUACAACAUUUCUACACCAGGGGUCACAAGCUACAGUGCUUACAACUCCACCACUCACUGUUAUACUGAAUGCCUUUGGGCAGAAUAAUGGUCUCUUAUGUCUAACUCUGUGACAUAACUGUGCAUACAUCACUGGCUCAGCAUCAUGCUAGCCUGGAACACACCACGUUCCUGCAGCAAAAUGCCCUCAUCAGAAAAGCAUGUUGAAAGGCGCAAAAUAAAAAGCCAAACAAGACAAAUACUACAUACAUACAAUGGAAAUGGUUGGAUCAUAAGCAGUAUCUGUUUGGUCACUUACAUAUUUUUUUUUACAGAAGCAAGGUAUAUUAGAGAGAGCUGUUACAAAGAAGCUUCUAGAAAGCCAUAGGAGUUUUUGUUUCCUAGAAAAUCCAAUACUUCAUUAUAAUAUUUCAGUGGUCACAAACUGUAGUUUAUGUUAUUUUCUUAAUCCCCUCUUUCUACUGCAUGCUUCUGAAAACAAUCUACUGUAUUUUUCAUUUGGGGAGGUUUGUAUGGAUAUUUACACUUGAAUGUACCAACAAGUGGGGGGUACAAUAGGGGUGUUAGCAUGUGUAAUGUCAGAAUGUGUGUACAUGGUGUGACUGUUUCUUAUCUUUUUUUUGUGUUAGGGUGUAUCAGAUACUUGGAAAUCACUUGAUCAGACUAUUUCAGACGCACAAAUACUCUUAAUACGGUAUAAUCCUUCUCUCUCCCCUUCCCCCUUCUUCCACUCUCUUUCAUUCUCUGAUUAAUACACUGGGCUUACAGAGGGAAAGAAGGAGCGACAUACAUGAAGGCCAUAUGUUAAAUCUAUACUGCACAGGUUUUCCAGCGUGUCUCCUGCUUGCAUUGAUGUUUCUCCAUGCUGUCUUGUAUACAUUGUAUACCUACAUUUUAAAUAUGCUCGAUGAAUGUAAUGCAACUUUUACAAUAGAUUUUGUAUUUGUAACAUAUUUAGCUCACAGCAAUAUCAAAUAUUUAUGUCAUUACUUUUCUAUAUUAUUACAUGAGCAUUAUCAGAACUAAAGAUAUUGACAAGAAAGAGCAUAGUAGUAAUCUUGUGUAUGUAGUAAGCUAUCUGUGUGUGCAAUGAUGAG